GGUGGGACGGCGCAAAGAUUGACUGUCUACUGACUUCUACAGGAGGCAAGUAGUGUGAUGGCAUUUUGUGGAGCUUUCUGCACAGGUUUAAGGUCUAGAAAGGAGGCAGACAGCCCGUUUUCUUGGCUUGUUUGUUUCUGUGCCUUUUUCAUCAUAGCUUUAACUCUUGGAACCGCUCUAAAUUUUGGAAUUCUCUUCCCUGUGUUGAUGGACUACUUUCACGAAACACGCGAAAGGACAGGCAAGUAAUUAGUUAUUAUACCAUCUCGAUCUGCUGUUUCUUGGUUGUUGUUUCUGCAAUGUUCGUGUAUCUUUCUUUCCAAGGCGGAAGCCAUUGUAUAUGUGUUCGGCGGAAAAUCCACAGGACAAGCCCACUUAGGAGGGAUAUGACGUGUAUCCACUAUCAAGCGUGUUUUAAGUCAAAGAAGCACGUAAUAAGCGAUUUUAAGUUAAGAAUUUAUCCAUAUAUGGGAUCACUCAACGCGAUGGUAUCAAUGCUUAUGUUGUUCAAUUUUAUCCUUGGUUUAAAUUUUAUUUUCCUUUGUUUUGGGGCAUGGUAAUGUUCGAUAAUGAGUUUGAAACAAAGGAAAAUAGAAUUUAAACCAAUUAACCAAGUCAGUGGCUUCAUAGCUCAGUUGGUAGAGCAUCGCACCGGUAUCGCACGGUCACGGGCUCAAACCCCUUUGAAGUCUUGAAUUUUUUUCGGGCUUCUUUAUGCAAUUGCAUAAAUCGCGUUCACUGCGAUGACCAUUUCUUCAUUUUCAUUUCAUUUCCGCCGUUCAUACAUGAUUCAUUUCAUAUAUCAUUAACACUCAUUUCUUUCACGGGAACAUAUGAAACCACAAUUGACCUGCUCCCAAUGUCAGUGGCUUCAUAGCUCAGUUGGUAGAGCUUCGCACCAGUAUCGCGAGGUCACGGGUUCAAACGCCAGUGAAGUCCUGAAUUUUUUUCAUUCUUCUUUACGCAAUUGCAUAAAUUGCGUUCACUGCGACGAUCAUUUCUUCAUUUUGAAAAUUGAACCACAAUAUUUACAUCCAGAUCAACAGGUCCAAUUUGAGUGCAGUGUGUCAACAGGCUGGCCACCAUGCAUGCCUUCACACUUACAUUUACAGGGUUGUGGUAAAUAAAUAAAUACAACUACAGUCAAAUUAAACCUGUAGUCAGCUGUGUAUAAGCGGUUACCCUUUUUUGGGAAUGGCUUCCUACCAAGAAUUAUUAUUCAAGAAAGUGAAGAUGGCGAAAGAGAGAAAUCUCUAUCCCAUGACAGAACCACUUAUUGCCAUACACAGUGUGUCUGAUGCACUCGAGUAUGAUACAUCUUGCCAAAGUGAUCGCUUAUAGAGGUGAAGAUAAUAAAAAAUAACUCAUUGGGACAUCAAAAAAGGUGACUGCGAUUGCUUAAUAGGUCAGUUUUACAGUAAUUAAGGGAAAUUAUUUCUGGGACUAUUGCAAGUGACAACCUAAUGGAGGGUGACCGAGUAAAAGAGGGUUGCAUAAUACAGGUUUGACUGUACCCCGAAACUGUAACAGCACAAUGAUUAAGACUGUUUUGUUCUCUUCCAGCCUGGGUUGGUUCAGUUGGAUUAGCUUUUAUAUUCUCCCUUGGCCCAUUGACUGGAUCAUUGGUGGAUCGAUUUGGUUGUCGCAUUACUGCAUUUGUGGGUGGGAUAUCAUGCGUCAGUGGCCUCUUGCUCUCAUCUCUUGCGACAAGUAUUGCCAUCUUGUAUGUAACUUACAGCAUCCUCUUUGGGUUUGGAAGCAGCUGCAUGUUUGUUUCAUGUUAUGUGGUGACAUCCUUAUACUUUAACAAGAGGCAAUCCAUAGCAACUGGUAUAAUUGCAUCUGGAAGUGGAAUUGGUGUACUUGCAGUGGCACCCAUUCUUCAAGUAUUACUAGACAAUUUUCACUGGAGGAAGACAUAUCGCAUUACUGCUGGAAUCUUUUCAGUUGUUUGUUUUCUUUGUUUGACAUUUGAUCCUACCAUGGUUAAGACUAGUAGAGAAGAAAGAGAGGGUGAAGAGGAAAACAUAGAAUCCGAAAAUUUGCAAGAGAAGAAUGAUGUAAAGAAGAAAAGAUGGUUUGUUGACUGCUCUGUUUUCAAGAAUAAGCGGUUUGUGGUAUUGACUCUUAGUGCUAUUCUCUACAACCUUGGACAUAACACUCCACGACUUCACUUGGUAAGUUUUUAGUUAGCCUUGCAUAGCUGGCAGGAUUAGUGGAGGAGUGCUGUUGUUUUUUGGCGGCAGAGCCACAAGAAGUUUGAGAACAAGAAAUCCCACGUAGCUCUGCAGAUCGAGAAAGUACCCUGCGCAUAAAUAUCUGGCCAUGUACACGCAGGUUAAGUUUUACUAGUACCAUAAAAUUCCGAAAAUAAGCCUCGGGGCUUAUAUUUUUCAAAGGCCCUUUUUGAGGUGCUUGUUUUUGUUAAGUUUAUUCGGAGGGCUAUUACCUAUGGAAAAUUCCGUUUCAAAAUAAGCCUCGGGGCUUAUUUGAGGCCAAUUUCAAAAGCCCCUGGGGCCCUUUUUUUGAGGUGCUUUAACGGAGGGUUUUUAAGUUCUGUUUGGGGGCUUAUACAUGGAGGGGCUUAUUUUUGGAAUUUUAUGGUAUGUCACUGUUUUGGAGAGGUAUCACAUUAGUUUACUUUUAAAGCCUUCAAUAUAGACUAUGUGAUGAUACAUGAUUUAAAUCUGACUAUAAAUUACUGGAUAUUACUUCUUGAACAGUCAAUCAUGCAGUGUUCAAUGACUUUAAUAAAACAAUGUCAAUCAUUGUUGUUUGUCAGAUUGCAAGCGGUUACUUGCUUUUCUCACUUGUCUACUCAUAUCCAUGUAUUCAUCUGUUUUUAUCGUGGCUGUAUGUAGAAAAGGGAGGUGAACCAAUUUUUUUAGGCGAGACAGAAGGAGUGAUCAUAAAAACAGGGUACAUUCAUUAACUGGAUGAUUCCAUUUAGCCUGAGAGGCAGACAUUCAAAAGGGAAGGGCAAGGGUGUGUGAAAAGCACUACUAUAGUUACUUGAAUAAGUGCCACCACUGAAAAGUGCUGCCCACAUUUUGGAAAAAAGGGUAAUGCAAUAAUAAUUUAUUAUUGUAAGCACCACCCCAAAAUUAAGCUCUGUGGCCUUGAAAGAAUCAAAAUCCAAAGAUGUUAUAUCCUUAAGUUUAAUAGAGAAAGCAAUGAAGCCCUAGUGAAAACAAUUUUCUGUUGUGUCCAACUUUCAAAUAAACACCUCUCUCAAAUACGUGCCACAUUUGAGGCGAGAAAAAUUUAGUAAGGGUCGCCACGCUUAUUGGAGUUAACAUGGAUGCACGGGUACAUAAAAAAUGCAAGGGAGAGAGAAGGGAAUGGCAUUUUCCUCCUUCUUCAACUUCCACUGGCACCAUCACACUGCACAAAAAGAUAAGUGGAAAGUGAAAACACCACUUGCCUCAAAAUGAGGGCGUGAGAUCCAAAGAAAUGAAUAAGCACCAUAAUACACAAAGUCCUGCCAAAGGGGUUCAUUUGAGGAUUUUGCUGACAGAUUUAAAAGUAAAAGAGUGACAAAUUUGAUCACAAUAACUAAUGGUCUAGGAAAAUGCUGGCUAGUGCUAAUAGCCAGGAAGUAGCAGGGCUCAUGCUUCUGAGUUUGAAUUACACAUUAAUCUUAGAUUUAUUGUGCAAUUAUUUAUCCAGUAUCCAAAUACCGAAAAAUCAUGCUAAACAACUUUGAGCUGAAGUGAAACUUGUCCGAUAACUGAGCCUAAUUCCUGCAAAGAAAUGUUAUAAUCUUUAUGUUAUGGUGGUAUAGCCACUAUUGUAUCGACACAGUUUGCUGAACAACAUAUGGCUUUAUGACACUAUUCUUUUGCAGGUUAGAUUUUCAGAGGGUCUUAAUGUUUCAGCUGAUGCAGCAUCCAGACUGUUUAUUUACAUUGGGGUCACCACAUUCAUCGGUCGUCUACUGAGUGGAUUGUUAUGUAACAUGCGAUGUGUAAACCCAGUUUAUGUUUACAUGGGUAGCCUUAUUCUUGAUGGAUGUGAUAUCAUUUUUCUUGCACAAGCAAAAACUUAUGGACACCUGGUAGCCUUUUCAUUUCUGUUUGGUUUGGCAGAUGGAGUUCUAGGAGGUACCUUUUACAUUCAAAUAUUGAUGUCAGUAGGUCCAAGCUUGAAAGCAUCAGCCAUGGGUUUAAGUUCUCUUUGUUAUGGUACUACCAUGGCAACUGGUCCAGCGCUAGCAGGUAGGUAUCGGUUA